AUGCAUCAUCGCUUCGUCUCAACAUCCGCCUCCGCCACAUCGCAGCUCCACGCCAAAAUCAAGACCCUCAUCUCCCAAAAAUCUUACGAGCAAGCCCUCACAUUCUACGCCCGACAUCUCCACCCUUCCCAAUUAACCACAGACACCGCCUUCCUCGUCCCCUCCAUCACCAAAGCAUGCGCCCAUUCCCAAUCCCCCCGCAUCGGCCGCCAGCUCCACUGCAACGCCCUCAAACUCGGCCUCACUUCAGAUUUCACCGUAUCCAAUUCGUUCCUAUCCAUGUACGCCAAAUUCCCCGACACGGACCUCGCGGAGAAGGUGUUCGACGAAAUGCCUGAAAGAGACGCCAUUUCUUGGAACUCCAUGAUCAACUGCUAUACACAAAGUGGGAACUUCUCUAAAUCACUCAGUAUGGUUAAGGAGAUGUAUGGGCUCGGUCUAACGCUGAAGCCGGAGCUGGCUGCGGGAUUUAUCGCGGCGUGUGCUAGGAACGGGAGCUGGGGAUUGGGGAGAGCGAUACAUGCGCUUUUCACCGUUGAUGAGAGGAUGGAGUUUUCGAUGUUUGUGGCGACAGCUCUGGUGGAUUUCUACUGGCGGUUUGGCGAUCCGGAGAUGGCGUUUCGUGUUUUUGGUGGGAUUUUGGAGAAGAAUCAGGUGUCGUGGACAGCGAUGAUCACCGGAUGCAUCGAGUUUCGGGAUUAUGGUAGGGCGUUUGACUGUUUACGAGCAAUGCAGCGUGGUGGUGUGAAGCCGAACAGGGUGACUUUGGUUAGCGUCUUACCAGCUUGCGCUGCACUAGGCUCGAUCACACACGGGAAGGAGGUUCAUGGCUUUGCUGCGCGGCGUGGCUAUGAUUUGGAUGUUCGGUUGUCAGCAGCGCUCUUGCACAUGUACUGCGAAUGCCCGGGAGGGCUGAGGAUCGCGAGGCUUGUAUUCGAGAGGUCUGUGGAGAAGGAGGUCGUGGCGUGGAGUACUAUGAUCGCGGGAUAUUCUAAAAGCAAGGCUGCUGCUAGAGAAGGCAUCAUGCUAUUCAAUCGGAUGCGGAUUAAUGGGAUUCUCCCGAAUAACGCCACCAUCUUGGCCGUGAUUUCAUCGUGUGUUAGCUUGCUAUCUCUACCCGAUGCCAGUGGCAUCCACGGCUACGCCUUGAAAUCGGGUUUGGGAAAUGAUCUAUUCGUACAGAACGCCCUUAUCAGCAUGUAUUCCAAGUGUGGCAGCCUUGAAGACUGCGUGCGCGUAUUCAAUGACAUGGCGACUAGAGAUUGCGUUUCAUGGAGCUCUGUGAUCAGCGCGUACGGGAUGUACGGCAAUGCAGGGGAGGCUCUGCGGCUCUUUGAUGAGAUGCAGAGUGACGAAGGAGUGAAGGUGGACGGGGUUGCUUAUCUGGCAGUACUGUCCGCGUGCAGCCAUGGCGGCCUUGUGGAGGAGGGGCGGGCGGUGUUUGAACGGGCGUUGGACCAUGGGGAGGUGUCGAUGGGGUUGGAGCACUAUGGGUGCUACAUUGACCUUCUUGGGAGAGCAGGGGAGGUUGAGGAGGCUUAUGAUGUGGUGUGUCGGAUGCCGAUGGAGCCGAGCCCCGGGAUGUUGAGUAGCUUGGUGUCUGCUUGUAGGGUUUAUGGGAGACUGGAUGUGGCAGAAAAGGUAGGGAAUAUGCUGGUGGAGAUGGAGCCUGAGAAUGCUGCAAAUCAUACUCUUUUGAGUACGGUUUAUGCUGAGUCUUAUAAAUGGUGGGGUGUUGAAGAAGUUAGGAGAGACAUGAGGAGGAGAAAUUUGAAGAAAACGUCUAGUUUUAGCAAAGUUUAACAUUUUGAAACGGGUUACAUUUUUCCUUUAUGUUACUGCAAUUUGACGCAUUUUUUCAAAUUGUGAAUUGGUAAUUUGAAACUCUUCA